UCUGCGCCUGAGGAGCCCGGAGCCGCCCGCUGUGGCCCUCCCCUGGGGUCACAAUGCCACCCCCCGCGGACAUCGUCAAGGUUGCCAUCGAGUGGCCGGGCGCCUACCCCAAACUCAUGGAGAUCGACCAGAAAAAGCCUCUGUCUGCAAUAAUAAAGGAAGUCUGUGAUGGGUGGUCUCUUGCCAAUCAUGAAUAUUUCGCGCUGCAGCAUGCUGAUAGCUCAAACUUCUAUAUCACGGAGAAGAAUCGGAACGAGAUAAAGAAUGGCACUAUCCUCCGGCUGACCACGUCUCCGGCUCAAAACGCGCAGCAGCUUCACGAGCGGAUCCAGUCGUCGAGCAUGGACGCCAAGCUGGAGGCCCUGAAGGACCUGGCCAGCCUGUCCCGGGACAUCACAUUCGCCCAGGAGUUCAUUAACCUGGAUGGUGUCUCCCUGCUCACGCAGAUGGUGGAGAGCGGCACCGACCGGUACCAGAAAUUGCAGAAGAUCAUGAAACCUUGCUUUGGAGAUAUGCUGUCCUUCACCCUGACGGCCUUUGUUGAGCUGAUGGACCACGGUAUUGUGUCCUGGGACACGUUUUCAGUGGCAUUCAUUAAGAAGAUUGCAAGCUUUGUCAACAAGUCAGCCAUUGACACCUCAAUCCUGCAGCGGUCCUUGGCCAUUUUGGAGUCAAUGGUGCUCAAUAGCCAUGACCUCUACCAGAAGGUGGCCCAAGAGAUCACCAUCGGCCAGCUCAUCCCACACCUUCAGGGGACAGACCAGGAGAUCCAGACCUACACCAUCGCCGUGAUCAACGCGCUCUUUCUCAAAGCCCCAGACGAGAGGAGGCAGGCUGGUGUGGAGAGCAGUGUGGACAUCCUUGAGUGUCCUCUGACUGAGAUGGCGAAUAUUUUGGCUCAGAAGCAGCUGCGCUCCAUCAUCUUAACGCAUGUCAUUCGGGCCCAGCGGGCCAUCAACAAUGAGAUGGCACACCAGCUCUACGUGCUGCAGGUCCUCACCUUCAACCUCCUGGAGGACCGGAUGAUGACCAAGAUGGACCCACAGGACCAGGCCCAGAGGGACAUCAUAUUCGAGCUUCGGAGAAUCGCGUUCGAUGCCGAGUGCGAGCCCAGCAACAGCAGCGGCAGUGUGGAGAAGCGCAAGUCCAUGUACACACGGGACUAUAAGAAGCUCGGCUUCAUUAACCAUGUCAACCCGGCCAUGGACUUUACCCAGACUCCUCCUGGGAUGCUAGCCCUGGACAACAUGCUGUACUUCGCCCAGCACCACCAGGACGCCUACACUCGGAUUGUGCUCGAGAACAGUAGCCGAGAGGACAAGCACGAGUGUCCCUUUGGCCGCAGCAGCAUAGAGCUGACCAAGAUGCUGUGCGAGAUUCUGAAAGUGGGCGAACUGCCUAGUGAGACCAGCAAUGACUUCCACCCGAUGUUCUUCACCAAUGACAGAUCAUUUGAGGAGUUUUUCUGCAUCUGUAUCCAGCUCCUGAACAAGACAUGGAAGGAGAUGAGGGCAACUUCUGAAGAUUUCAACAAGGUAAUGCAGGUGGUGAAGGAGCAGGUCACGAGAGCUCUGACAACGAAGCCUAGCUCCCUGGACCAGUUCAAGAGCAAACUGCAGAACCUGAGUUACACUGAGAUCCUGAAAAUCCGCCAGUCUGAGAGGAUGAACCAGGAAGACUUCCAGUCUCGCCCAAUUUUGGAACUAAAGGAGAAAAUUCAGCCCGAAAUCUUGGAGCUAAUCAAACAACAACGCCUGAAUCGUCUCGUGGAAGGGACCUGUUUUCGGAAGCUCAACAGCCGACGGAGGCAAGAUAAGUUUUGGUACUGCCGGCUUUCACCAAACCACAAGGUCCUGCAUUAUGGAGACUUGGAAGAAAGCCCCCAGGGAGAAGUUCCCCAUGAUUCCCUGCAGGACAAGUUGCCAGUGGCAGAUAUCAAAGCUGUGGUGACGGGAAAGGACUGCCCUCAUAUGAAAGAGAAAGGUGCUCUUAAGCAGAACAAGGAGGUGCUUGAACUUGCUUUCUCCAUCUUGUAUGACUCCAACUGCCAGCUGAACUUCAUCGCUCCUGACAAGCAUGAGUACUGUAUCUGGACAGAUGGGCUGAAUGCACUGCUGGGCAAAGACAUGCUGAGUGACCUGACCCGGAAUGACUUGGACACCCUGCUCAGCAUGGAGAUCAAGCUCCGCCUUCUAGACCUGGAAAACAUUCAGAUUCCAGAUGCACCUCCACCAAUCCCCAAGGAGCCAAGCAACUAUGAUUUCGUCUAUGACUGUAAUUGAAGGGGCAGGAAGUACCCUUCCCAAACUGGAAAAUCUAGUAAACAGGCGAGAUGACUAAGAACAGGCCCACACUUAGGAAUCACCUUGGGAUAGAGGAAUAUGUGGGUCAUCACUUGCUUUGGCCUGGCUUCUAGCCCUGGCAUUUUUCAGCCCCAACAUGGCAUUGUGCUCACUGCCCUGAUUCUGUUUCUGGACUUCAUUGCUUUCAAUCACUUCCCACUGCUGCAGUCUACUGGUAGGACAAGAACAAAACCCACCGCCAAUAAGAGAGCCAAAGGGCCCUUUCAGCCCAUACUCCCUUCCUGAAGUAGAAAAUCCAGCCACAGCAGACUGCCCCAGAACUUGCCUGCCAGACCCAGAGGAGUUCCCCCAGGCCUGAGUAUGGACAGUAUGGCUUAGCUGCUUGAUAAGAUCCAACACCACCUCCCACUCCCCUUCUCUAGAGUCAGCUUCCAUCACCAAUUCCUUGUGAAUUGUAGUCUGCUUUCCAAGUACCUAUUCCUGUCUCCUGCCUUUGCUUUACCCCAGAAUUCUCUGGUCCCAAGAAUAGCAGCAGCUUCACUGUUGCUCACAAAUAUUGGGUCUCCCCCACCCAGGACACAGGUCCCAUGCUGCAUACCCCACCCCCGCUCCAGCACCAAGACUAAUCUUUCCUCACAAACCAGUCUUGAAUUUCCUCUUUCUUGCCCAGCCCAGCCCAGCCCUGCCUUCUUUCUCUCCUCUACACUUCCAGCCCCUUAGCAGAAAGCACAAACGGUGGAAUCAGUCAUCAUACUCUAUCGUUGAUCUACUAAAUCUAAAUGCCUCUGUGGUAGGCCAUCCAUUGUUAGCUGAGAAUUUGGGGUUACUUUUUCUGGGGGUUUCUGCUGCCACUAGUGCUCUACAGAAAGGUCAGGUCAUCAGACUUCCAAGUUUACAUCAUUGUAAUUACUACAGGUAUUGACAAUUUGCAGGGGUUAGGGGUUGGUUGGUUUUGUUGGUGUUUUUUUUUUUGGCUUUGUUUUUGUACAAAAGAGUCUAACAUUUUUGCCAAACAGAUAUAUAUUUAAUGAAAAGAAGAGAUACAUAAAUGUGUGUAAUUUUCACGUUUUUUUUAAUUAUUUUAAUCCUAAACAUCUUCCUGAGAAUAACAUUCCCUUGAACAUGCUGUGGAAUAAAAUUAAUUGUGAUGAGUUGGGAAA